AUGCUGCAGUGGCGGGGCGGGGCCGCAGCGGAGCCGCCGAGCAGCCGAGUGAGGGCGUGGGCCGGGCCGGGCCGCCGCUGUCCAGCACCGCCGGGCGGGCCGGGAGCAGCAGCCGCCGUCGCCGCCGCCGCUGCCGCCGCCGCUAUGGGAGGCCGUCGGCCCCGCGCAGCCUUCCUGCUGCCGCUGUUGUGCCUCUGGGCCGCGCUGCCCGGCGGCUGCCCCAACAAAGCAAAUAAGCACAAACCCUGGAUUGAAGCUGAAUAUCAGGGCAUCGUCAUGGAGAAUGACAACACAGUCCUACUCAACCCACCGCUGUUUGCACUGGACAAAGAUGCUCCUCUGCGCUAUGCAGGUGAGAUCUGUGGCUUCAGGAUACACGGAGCAGGGGUGCCCUUUGAAGCUGUGAUACUGGAUAAAGCUACAGGUGAGGGGCUGAUCCGGGCCAAGGAACCGGUGGAUUGUGAAGCACAUAAGGAGCACACAUUCACCAUCCAAGCUUAUGACUGUGGAGAAGGACCUGAUGGAACCAACACUAAAAAAUCACACAAGGCCACAGUGCAUGUUCGAGUAAAUGAUGUGAAUGAAUUUGCUCCUGUCUUUGUGGAAAAGUUGUAUCGUGUCGCAGUGACCGAGGGAAAGCUGUAUGACCGCAUCUUGCGUGUGGAGGCCAUUGAUGGAGACUGCUCACCACAGUACAGCCAGAUCUGUUACUAUGAGAUCCUGACCCCCAAUAUUCCCUUUCUGAUUGACAAUGAUGGGAACAUUGAAAAUACGGAGAAACUUCAGUACAGUGGAGAUCGUCUCUACAAAUUCACAGUAACAGCCUAUGACUGUGGAAAAAAGCGGGCAUCUGAUGAUGCUGAAGUGGAAAUCCAGGUGAAACCCACCUGCAAGCCCAGCUGGCAGGGCUGGAACAAGAGGAUUGAGUACACGCCGGGUGCAGGCAGCCUCGCGCUAUUUCCUAGCAUUCACCUGGAGACCUGUGAUGAGCCCCUGUGGAAUAUCCAGGCCAUGGUGGAGCUGCAGACAAACCAUGUGGCUAAGGGCUGUGACCGGGAUAACUACUCUGAGAAAUCACUACGCAAACUCUGUGGUGCUGCCUCAGGAGAGAUUGACUUGCUGCCUGUGCCUAGUCCCACGGCAAACUGGACUGCACGGCUCUCAGUGCACUACAGCCAGGACAGCAGCCUCAUCUACUGGUUCAAUGGCAGCCAGGCUGCCCAAGUACCUGUCAUGAAUGGGCUGAAUGCUCAUGAGGGGCUGAGUGACCACUUCACCCUGUCUGUGUGGAUGAAACAUGCUGUGGUGCCCAGCAAAGGCAGGCGGGAAGAGGAGACAGUGAUCUGCAGUACAGUGCAGAGCGAGGAUGGCUACUCGCAUUACUCUCUGGCUGUGCAUGGCUGCCGAAUUGCUUUCCUCUACUGGCCAUUGCUGGAGAGUGCAAGGCCUGUGAAGUUCCUCUGGAAGCUUGAGCAGGUCUGUGAUGAUGAAUGGCACCAUUAUGCUCUCAACCUCGAGUUUCCAACUGUCACACUCUACGUGGAUGGUGUCUCUUAUGACCCUGCCCUCAUCCAUGACAAUGGCCUCAUUCAUCCUCCACGGCCAGAACCCUCAAUCAUGAUUGGAGCCUGCUGGGCAGAGGAGAAAAACAAGGAGAAAACCAAAGGAAAUGAGAAUUCCACUGAUAGUAUACGAGGAGAUCCUCUGUUGAUACACCACUACUUCCAUGGUUACUUGGCUGGCUUCACUGUACGCCCUGGUAGCUUGGAGAGCCGGGAGGUUAUUGAAUGCCUGUAUGCCUGCCGUGAGGGGCUUGAUUACAGUGACUUCGACAGUCUGGGCAAAGGGAUGAAGGUUCAUGUGAACCCCUCUCAGUCCUUGCUCACUUUGGAGGGUGAUGAUGUGGAAACUUUCAACCAUGCUAUCCAACAUGUGGCUUACAUGAAUUCACUGCGCUUUGCUACUCCUGGAGUCCGGCCGCUCAGGCUCACUACUACUGUCAAGUGUUUCAGUGAAGAAUCAUGUGUCUCCAUUCCUGACGUGGAAGGUUAUGUUGUGGUGCUACAGCCUGAUGCCCCCCAGAUCCUGUUGAGUGGCACUGCCCACUUUGCUCAUCCUGCAUCAGACUUUGAGGCUCCUGAUGGAGUCCCCCUUUUCCCCAACCUCCAGAUCACCUGCUCUAUUUCUCACCAGGUGGAGACCAAGAAGGAUGAGAAUUGGCAUGGCACUGUGACAGACACACGUAUGUCAGAUGAGAUUGUACACAACCUGGAUGGCUGCGAGAUCUCAUUGGUAGGAGAUGACUUGGACCCAGAGAGGGAAUAUCUGCUCCUGGAUGGGGCAUUGCUGCAACAGAGGGGCCUGGAGCUCGUUAACACCUCUGCCUACCUCACUAUCACAGGGGUAGAGAGCAUUGCAGUUUAUGAGGAAAUACUACGCCAGGUCUCAUACCACAUCAACCGUGGCGCUGCUCUUUAUGAAAGGAAGUUCCACCUGUCCUGCACUGAGAUGAACGGACGUUAUUCCAGCAAUGAGUUUUCUGUUGAGAUGAGUGUCCUCCACAACAUGAACCAAGCUGCUCAUCCUAACCACAUGCUCAAUUCUCAGCAGUUUAUACACCGAGGCCAUCAUUUACCCCCAGAGCUAUCUGGCCACAGCUUGGCAAGCACCCAUAACAACUCUAUGGUCCCCAGUGCAGCCACUAUCAUCAUUGUGAUGUGCGUGGGCUUCCUGGCACUCUUGGUGAUCCUUGGCAUCCUCCGCAUCCACUCACUGCACCGACAGGGAAUGGGGCAAGAGGUCCCUGAGGCUGCUGCAGAGGGGCACACAGGCACCGGCAGCAAAGAGAGCGAUUUGUUCUGGGACGACUCGGCCCUCACCAUCAUAGUGAACCCAAUGGAGUCCUACCAGGGCCGUCAAGAGAGGGCUGCAGAAAACUGUGAGGGCAGAGCAGGUGAGGGCAUGGAAGAAGACGAUGACAGCAGUGAUUUGGACACUCCUGACUCCCCAGACAGCAAUGACAUGGAUGAUCGGCACAUCAUUGGCAAAAAUGACAGUGCUCACCGCUAUUAGCAGCUUUAAAACAUCUGUCCAGUGGAUCCUCUGAAACGUACGGCUGGGAGGAGGAGGUGUCUUUAACUUCCUUUUUCCCCCACCUUGUACAUGUUCUCCUCCCUCACGUCAUUUUUGCCCCCCAUGCUCCUUCGUCUUCUGCCAUUUUCAUUGUGGACAUUCCCUAUGAUUGACCCCUUCCCCCCCCCCCCCCCGUAUUUGGCUCUCUAGAGACACAUAUUUGGGCACUUGCACAUGACUGUGGCACAGUUCAAACUAUGAUGAAGAAGGAGGGGCUUGGAAAGAAGAGAAAUGUGGAAAGAGGAGCCAGCCAUAUGGCUCAGAGCAGGGUCUCUCACAACCCCUCCCCAGAUAUUAUAUAUAUAUAUAUAUAUAUAUAUUGUAUAUUUUUUCAAUGUUGUUGUUUGAGGUUUAUUCUCAUUUCAUGCAAAACAAAACAAUCCAAAAAAAAAAAGAAAAAAAAAAAUCCCCACAACCAGAACACUGCAGCUUGUGCCACUUUGUAAAAUUGUCGAUACUCCUGAACUAAAUGAAUGAUGGUAAGAAGUAUGAGGAAGCAAAGUGGAUUUUAAAAUAAAUGGAUUUCAAAUAUAAGGUUCGGGGCUUCUGCAGUUUUUCCACUAUAAAUUGUGAAAGAAGCUGUCUGUGUAGCCACUAAUAUAAGACUGGCGAUUGUCCAGACCAUGUAUUUAUCAAAAUUAUUGCCUUAUCUUGGGGAUGUGUUGUGUUUUUGAAGUGUAUGUGUUGUUUCAAUUGUUCC